UCAGCUAUUAAACGCGCAAUGGAAUUUCAUUAUAACCGUGGUGAGAGAAGAACAUGUUUAAUUGGUGACGCUGGAUAUCCAUUAGAGCCUUGGCUGAUGACUCCAUUGGCGCAUUAUCCCGAAUGGAGUAGACAGUAUCAAUAUACUUUAAAAUUAUGUAAAGCACGCAACAUUGUCGAAAGGUUUUUCGGUGUAUUAAAGGCAAUAUGGAGAUGUCUAUCGUCCCAGCGUGUUCUCAUGUAUGCACCAAAUAUCGCUGUACAAAUUGUCAAUGCAUGUGCUAUUUUACAUAAUAUGCGCUUGCAUUAGAGAUUACCUAUUGAUGUAUAAAUUGAAAAUGCACAUGAACCUGCACCUGCGUACCAUUUGAACAAUGCAGAAAUAGAAGCAGAACUUCGGAGAGGACCUCGCGCGGUAGCACAACGUAUUCAAAAUCAAUUAAUGCUGGAAUGGUUUCCUAAUUAUCGUAGGGCAGAUGAGCACGUAAGAUAAUAAAUCACAUUCGGUUAUAUAUGUAUGAACGUGUGUGUAUGGAGGAUAUAUCUAAAAUAAAUUGGCAAAAUAAUCUUAUAUUUUAACAUCGUCAACGUUGUUAAGUAGAGGCAUAAAAUUUUAUUUAAUCGGUUGUAUCAUCCUGGAUAAGAUAUGAAUAAGACGAGAAAUCAAAUAAGAAUGAGUAGUAUUAUAGUAGUGCGGAUUAAGAAAUAUUAUUAUUAAAUAUAU